UAAGUAAUUUAUCCUCUAUUUUUUUCCAAAGAUAUUAGUCUUGACAAAAGAUGGAAAAAGAAACUAAUAUGUCGAAGAGAGAAGAGAAACAAGAGUUGCCACUAGAAACAAGUCCGUACACAAAGUACGAGGAUAUAGAAGAUUACAAGAAGAACGCUUAUGGGACUUCCGGUCACCAAGAGGUUAAGCCUGGCCAAGGCGGCGGCACAACCGACGCCCCGACCCUCUCCGGUAGUGGUGCUCCCUCCGCCCUAGAUUCCGCUGACCAACAAGCUAAGAAGUGAUACCACUCAUUGUUCACUCCCUUUGUGAUAAUUGAUAUGUUUUUGUUUUUUUCUCUCCUUUGAUCCAUGGUUAUGAUCCAACCUAAUUCAAUAAAUAGAUGUUAAGAUCUUACAACAUUAACACCCUCGUUAUAUAUAGAACGAGAGUUAUAUGCCAAAUUUUGUAAAAUUGUUUGGUCAA